GUGCGCGUCACGGCGGGGAGGGCCGAGCUGGCGGAGCCAUAAAUAGGGGCGAGGAGCGGGGUGGCGGCAGCAGUCGCUGAGGGAGCUCCUGCAGCAGCGCAAGCGAUUAACGGCGGGGAAUCCCUUUCUGCUUCCCUCCCUCCGCGGGGCGCCCCGAGCUCCAUGACUCUGAACCGCGGCGACAAGCUGCGCUACCUGGACAAGCGGCGCGGCAGUAUGCCCUUCUCCGUGCACCAGCACCUGCACCGGCGCAGCAUGCCGGUGGACGAGCGGGACCUGCGGGCCGCCCUGCCGCAGGGCGAGCUCUCCGACCUGGUGCGCUGCACCUCGUACAGCCCCGGCGAGGAGCACCGGGAGAGCUGGGCCUCCGACUCCUCCGACUCCAUCAUCUCCUCGGGCAGCGACUCCGACAGCAACCUCUACAAGGUGAUCCUGCUGGGCGAGCACGGCGUCGGCAAGACCAGCCUGGCCCGCAUCUUCGGCGGCGUGGAGGACUGCGCGGACGCGGAAGAGGCCGGAAAUACAUAUGACAGAUCUAUUAUAGUUGACGGAGAAGAAGCAUCUCUCGUGGUGUUUGAUAUAUGGGAGCAGGAUGACAGCCAAUGGCUUCAGAACCACUGUAUGAAAAUGGGAGAUGCCUAUAUUAUUGUCUAUUCAGUGACAGACAAAGUUAGUUUUGAAAAGGCCUCUGAGCUAAGAAUCCAGCUAAGAAGAGCAAGGCAAACAGAAGACAUUCCUAUUAUUCUUGUGGGCAAUAAAAGCGACCUGGUCAGGUCCCGGGAAGUCUCAGUUGAUGAGGGACGGGCCUGUGCCGUUGUGUUUGACUGCAAAUUUAUCGAGACAUCAGCUGCUCUUCAUCAUAAUGUCAAGGACUUGUUUGAAGGUAUUGUUCGGCAAAUCAGACUUCGAAAAGACAGUAAAGAAGACAAUGCCAGGAGAAUGGCUAACACAAAGAGAAGAGAAAGCAUAGGCAAAAAGGCAAAGCGAUUCCUUGGGAGAAUUGUGGCAAAGAACAAUAAGAAGAUGGCUUUCAAAGCAAAAUCCAAGUCUUGCCAUGACUUAUCUGUGCUUUAGGAGCUUCAGCAAGGCCAGAUGUGUUGUGUGUGUGAUGAACAAGCAUCUGACUGUUAUGAGAAGCAUACGGAUGAUCCUCAUGGUGAUAAGAAGAAUGACUUGUCAGUUGAGACUCUUGUUAGUGCCUUAAGGUGCACAAGGAAGUCCAGAAGUUACACGACAAUGUCUGCUUCAUUGAUAAAUGGUUUAAGUUUCAAUGUGUGCAAGUAAAUGAACUAACUGUAAAUAGUGGCUUGCCAUGGCCACAUUUUCACUGUGUACAUAUGUUAAAUAUCCUCUUGUCCUGUGGAUACCAGAGAUGCAAAGAUAUGAUGAGUAUCACCAUAGACUUGUCUCGUUUGCAGAGCAAAACUUAAACUUGUACGCAGGCUCGUACACUCUUUCUAGUAUAAAGCAAGCAAUGAUAAAUCUUUUUAAACAAAUGUGGGGAGAGGGGAUUAGAACUAUGUUAAAAUGGGAGAAAACAAAUUACAUAUAAAUAUAUACUUAAAUACAAAACAGAUAUCAUUUUAUGAAGUUAAUUUGCACUUGCAUUAACCAUUAUUCAAUUAAUUUGUUACUUGUUUACAUGCAGAUUUUAUAAUAAAGUAUUAUUUCCUGUUAUAA